CUUUUUUCUAGCAAAUUAUGGCUGUCAAUGUGCCUCCUGAGGAUCAGGAUGGCUCUGGGGAUGACUCUGACAACUUCUCUGGCUCAGGCACAGGUGCUUUGCCAGACAUCACUUUAUCACGGCAGACUUCUUCCACUUUGAAGGAUGUGUGGCUCCUGACAGCCACACCCACAGCUCCAGAGCCCACCAGCAGGGACACCGAGGCCACCUUCACCUCCAUCCUGCCAGCUGGAGAGAAGCCUGGGGAGGGAGAGCCAGUGCUCAUAGCAGAAGUGGACACUAGCUCCACCACUUGGGACAAGGAGUUGGAGGUCACUACCAGGCCCAGGGAGACCACACAGCUCCUGGUCACCCAUCGGGUCUCAACAGCCAGAGCCACCACAGCCCAGGCACCUGUCACAUCUCAUCCCCACAGAGAUGUGCAACCCGGCCUCCAUGAGACCUUGGCUCCCACAGCACCUGGCCAACCUGACCAUCAACCUCCAAGUGGAGGUACUUCUGUCAUCAAAGAGGUUGCCGAGGAUGGAGCUACCAAUCAACUUCCUACAGGGGAGGGCUCUGGAGAGCAGGAUUUCACCUUUGAGACAUCUGGGGAGAACACAGCUGUGGCUGCCAUAGAGCCUGACCAGAGGAACCAGCCUCCAGUGGAUGAAGGAGCCACAGGUGCCUCUCAGGGCCUUUUGGACAGGAAAGAAGUACUGGGAGGUGUCAUUGCUGGAGGCCUGGUGGGGCUCAUCUUUGCUGUGUGCCUGGUGGGUUUCAUGCUGUACCGGAUGAAGAAGAAGGAUGAAGGCAGCUACUCCUUGGAGGAACCCAAACAAGCCAAUGGCGGUGCCUACCAGAAACCCACCAAGCAGGAGGAGUUCUACGCCUGA